AUUUGUCAUGACUUGUUAGUUUUAUUGUUGUAGUAAGUAAAAAGAAUUCGGCACUCAUGAAGGAGAAAGAGAUGAUACUACAAGCUUUUACUGUUUUGGCUACUAUCGUUUUAUUUGCAAAUGGUCAGCAUGGACAGAAAUUACCACCAUUUGCAACAAGCAAGUACCUAGGAGAUGUAAAAGACAAAAUAAAGAUACAACCUGCGCCAAUGCCCAAUCUCAACCUUAUGGGUACGCUUGGUCCUUGGUUUUACCAGUUUCAUAUAGAUCCUUGUAGUUGGGCCGUAGCUGAGGAGUUCACAAAUUAUAUGCAGGUUCGAGAACUACAAGGAAACAACAUUUUAUUACAUGAAACAAUGAGAAGCCAUGACCUGUGUAAUACCGUUACAUCAAUAGUUAUUGUCAGAGGGCCUGGUGUUUUUAUGGGCAAAGAUCUUGUUGGUAAUAACUGGAGUGGUAAGAUAAUCUUGGUUGCAACGGACUAUACAAGCUUUGCUAUAAAUUGGGGAUGCACAAAGUGGUCAGUAUUUAAUGAUGGACUAUGUGAAGAUCCUUCUGUAUAUGUAAAGACUAGAGAACUAAACCCACAUCCGAAAGUACUGAGACGCAUAGAAACGGUUCUACAAAAUACGUGGGGAAUCUCUGUUAACCAACUGAGGAGGAUAUCUAAUGAAAAACCUUGCUCAACUGGAGGCUCCUCUUGGAUAAAAAAGAACGGGAACGUUGGCUAAGAAUGUCAGUAUUUGAAGCGUAACAAGAAAUAUCUUUAAAAAUGAUGGUCGGCGAAUUGUAAUAAGGAAAGAAGUUUAUGGAUUUUUCAUCUAACAAUCAUCUUUCAUCUAACAUUUUGCAAAACAAAACACCGCACUUUAACAAUUUAAAUUGUUCUCUUUUAAUUUUUCGCAAAAGUUUCGUAGGGUUGCAAUUUUGUUUCGUUUAUCCUUAGACGAAUAAUUACAGCAGUAGUUUGAUGAAGAUUCACGAAGCGGUUCAUGAGAAGAGGUCAUUAAACGUAUUUAUAUUUUUAGCUAAAUUGGUCCCUAUCCCUAUUGUAACAAAAUAGCAAGAGACCUUACGAUAUUGUUACACAUCGAGUUUGAUAAAAAUCCAUUACAUUUUAGUGGUUAAUGCGAAGAAAGGCAUAUCUAUUUUUAGCUAUAGUGGUCCCUAAUAGGGCCCAAGUUCCUAUAUAAAUAAAUUUGGAAGAGGACCUUAUAAUGAUGCUCCAGACCAAGUAUGACAAAGAUCCACCAAGCUGUUCAUGAGACGCCGUAUAAAGGCAUUUCUAGUUUUAGGUCUAGCAGCCCCUACAAGGGGUUAAAUGUCCCAGCUGAACAAAGUCGGCUGCGGGCCUAAUAAAGAUGCUACAAAUCAAGUUUGAUUAGAAUACAUGAAAAAAAAAAUCAAUUAAAGGACUUUUUUAUUUAUUAUUUUUUUUUAUUUCUAAAAUAGGCCAACUGAUCCCGCUUUAACAAAUGCAUAUUCGCCAUUCAUGAAUCUUUGGACAAUGACGUCACAACUAUAAAAAAGUGAAGGUCAAGCAAAACAUACAAUUGUAAUUAUUUCAAUAUUUCUGUUUCAUAAGCAAAGUUUGACCGUAGUCAUAUCACAUAGAUAAACUGUAUGCAGCGUACCUUCAUUUCAGUGUACUGAGAUUCAGUCAUUAUAUAGCAUAUAUAUAAUAAAACAGAUUUCAACUGAGUUCAAUCUUUGCAUACCAUACUAAAGAAAGAUA